AUGUUCUUCAAACCGUCUCCUAUUUUUCUAAUUUUGGUUCUGUUGGGUUAGUUGUUUUUUUUUUUAGAAACUUGGAGGUUUGUCCGAGAAAGAAAACUUUCUAAUUCCAGCCUUGUCCCUCGCACUUUACACAGUUCUACCAAUCAUUUCAAUACAACGACAACGGAUGUCUCUAGAAACUGACAAGUAUACUUUCAACCAAAAAUUAAACUUUCUUGAUUUUCAGCAGGAAUUCCUUGUUCCGAGAAGGGAACGGCAUGUUUUACGAAGUUAAAAAUAAGCCUGAAGUCAAUGAAGACGACAAGAAAAUGUGGUAUCCGUACUGUUCGCCUGUGAGUUCCUUUUGGUAAAAUUGAGAAAAAUUGGGUUCAUUCAGGGCGAAAUAAGAGACAGUGAGAGGUUACUGACGACAGAAAUGGGAGCUUUCCGGGGAAAUGGGAGUCUGGGUUCGUUUUGAAAAAUGGUAUAGUCCGUGUUCCGCGACUUGAUAAGGCAGGACUUCUCUGCGCCCUCCUCGUUUCUCGGCGACCCUCUCAUGUUCCCGUGCUAUUUCCAUGCUUAUCUGAACUCGCCGGCGAGGAAACAGAGAGACGCAGACACGCGAGAACUGUCAAGUCGCGGCGGACGGACUAUAAAAAGAGGAUGAAAAGCAAAAAACUACGGAAAUAAGCUAGAAAAAUAACGAUGCUAUACGUUUCACGUUAUAUUUUUUGGAAAAGUUUAAUUUUUUUAUAAACCGUUAUUUCUCCUAACUGGCUUCUAUUCUCUUUUAUUAAAAUCGCGAUGAAAACUCUAUCAAUGGCGUUAAUGUCAUGAAACACAUUUUCAUCAUAGCCCAUCUCUUCUUGAAUUUUGGUCCAAUAAUUUUCAGGAGAGCAACUUUUCGAGCUCGCCUCCUUAUACGGUCUCAGCCGAAGUCUCAACCGAAAGCCGGUUCUCGACCUUACUAUUCCUAAUCUGCCAGUAACUCUUCAAAGCGCCGUCAAUCGACUCUUCCCCCGGCUUAUUUCAUAUUUCCAGCUCAGAUUUACCGACGUAAGAGUUCAAGUUUCCAUUAAAUACGUUACAUUCAAAUUAUUCCAAUUCAAUUAGCCUACAGCUGCGACCGACCUAAAAAGACUUACCUAUUUUAUUUCAAGAUGCUGCCAAGCGAAAGUAGCUUUUAGUCAGGCGCAAGUGAAGAUUCAAGUUGACUGCGCGACGCGUUGAGCCAUCUCUUACGCUAUCGACGCGUUUCAAUUUUCGGAAUUACUCCAGCCGCGCAAGUAGCUUUCAGUCGGGCACAAGAAAAAGUUUAAAUUUACUGCUUUAACGAGACUCUUAAAAGAUCAUGACGUAUCAACGUUUAUCGAAAAUGAUUUUUCAGACGUUUCCAACAAGAGAAGAAGUCGACGUGCGACGAAAUGAAAGUUUGCUUUUUGAAAGCUUGGAAACCAGCCCGGCCCAAGCAGCUCUGGGAUUUUACUUGCACGUGAACACUUCUAGCUUCAAGGUUCUACUUUCCAGUUUUUUUUUUGUAAUUUUAUUUUCAGAGUUACAAGUAUUUCGAUAAAUAUCGGGAAUUACUCGGAGUGAUGCGAGUUACAGACACACAACUGCAAGAACAAGCUAAUGCGAUUCUUCCGGAAACGCAGAAAGAAGACUUUUUGUGAGAAUUAUUGAUUUUUCUGGACCUUCAAAAAAGUUUGCUGGAGUGAUUAAGAGAGCAGAGAUCUCGGAUAAAAUAAAAGUACAGUAAAAAAAGCUCAUCGCUAAAAAAAAACUUCUUGAAACAGCUAUGUUCCUUUAGACAUUCUAAAAACACAACAACAAAAUUGAAAAUUUUCAAGAAUUUGCAUGCACGUGGACAAUUCUACCGGUGAAAGUUCUGCAGAAGAAAAGAAAUUAUCGAGAUUUGCUGCUGAAUAUCUUGUCAAGAAACGUAAGUUAGAGUGAAUGAAAAGCUGAGAGAGAACAGACAUUGCGUUUAUAUCUGCUCGUCUGCGUCUCCAUAUUUUACACGCACACUAUUUUUUUUCACGUUUACAAUUAAAACUUGAAAAACCUUAGACUCAGUUUGGAAUGGCUACUAGCUUAAGUUUUCGCGCUGCUUUUUGACUUUUUUACUCACUUCAUAGCUGCGCCCUACUUUGAGCGACUUACUCUCUAUGCUUCAGGAUGCAGCCGCGCGAAAGUAGUUUGUAGUCGGGAGCACUGUAGAAUUCGACGCGUUGAACCAAUAUUGAGCUUUUCAAGCCCUGAAAAAGAUUAAUAUAGCCAUUUUUUUAAGAUUUCGGAAAAAUGACCCAAAAUAUUUCCGUCGCAGUUAUCGGCAGAGGAUCCAACGAUUGGAGGAAAGUUUUUGAAGGUAAAAUAUGUUCAUUUUUUUCAAAAUGAGUUUCAAAAAUUUUCAGAAUUCACCAUCACCACUGAAUCGCUCUCCCACUUGUAUGAUGUUAGUUUUAUUCUUUUUUUUCAAAUUAUUUGAUCGAUUUUCAGUUGAUCUACACGGAUUCAAACGAAAUCGUCGAUUUGGUGUUUUCACAGAAGCAUUGUCACGUUGUUCUUCUGGCUGGUUUGAAUAAUUUUUUUCAAUAUUUUCUAUUUUUCAAAAUUAAUUUUCAGAUUCUCUCUCGGUUCCAGGCUGGUGGUUCGCUUAUCUUUCUAAAGCCAAAGAUCAAAUUUUCUACAGGGAACCGAAAGAAGUAGUUUUAAACUUUGCAAAAGAUAAAAAUUUGAUAUUUUCAGUCUAAUGAGAUCACAAAUCUCGACGAUUAUUUCCCACAAACUUGGAUCAAACUCCGGCUGACCGUCCAUAGUCGCCAAUGA